AUGGAAAUAAAUCGCACUCAUUCACACAACUCAGUUUUGGGGAUUAACUCCAUUAUUUUAGAGGAGGAAACUUCCGAAUCUUGCGUGCCAGAGGAAACGGCGAAGAAUUUGCCGGAAAAGACUAACAUCAACUCCGAAGUUCAGUACAGUGAUGACACAGACUCCAUGUCAAACGUGAAGUGUGUGGCAAUCAUCGAAGACGUGGAGAAGAUGUUUGAAAUGAGUGACAGUAAAAUUAUUAGUCGGAACGUAGGCGACACAUCAAUGGAAUCCUCGAAUCUCACGUCUUUUAGCAGUGUGUUCAACUCCAUUGCGCCCUUUUCGGACAUGAAGAAACGAUACGAGGGAAAGGACUCGACCUUAUCGAUCGACGUUAAUAACAAGUCCAUUUUCACCAACGUUAACGACCUUAACUCGGAGCCGUCCCCAAUCAAUAAGUUUAUGGGCAAGGAGCAGCUCAGCAUGGACGGCGACUUCUAUAAGGACUCGAAGAACGAGACGACGCUGAGCUCGGCCCUGCUCCUGGACGAGAGCCAGAUUAAGUUCAUUGAUGAAAUAAAUAAGAAGAAGGUGCCGCCGCCCUACGAGAAGGUGAACCCGCCGCGCCCAAAUAGAUUCGGAGCCAUGCCCUACUGCUACGUUAUCAGCAAGGACGACUACUUCAAGUCCAAGAACAUAUCGUGUCUGAGUCAGGCGGAUCUUCGGCACCCGAGGAUUAAAAAGGUUCCGACGAGCUCACAAGUAAACAGUGAUAAAAUAUCAGGAUUCUCGGCGCCAGCAAACGCGACGCACUCCGACAACUCGAACAUAGCGAACUCAAAUUACCCCUGCGACGGAGGCAACAACUCAAGUUUCUUCAUCAACGACAAUAACAGGACCUCUGGGAGGAUGAGGAGAAGCGCAAUCACAUCGGGAACGCAGCUUAUCAGAGGGAACAGCAUGGUCUCGGUAGUCAACAAGGGCUCGUCGAGCAUGCUGAUACUGAAGAUACAAAGCUUCACGAAAAACUACCUGGACAUUAACCCGGACUUCGGGUGGAGGAGACUGAUUGACGACAAAAAUCUGCCCUUUAGCAACUUUUCAAAUAACUCGUACAUGUUCUACAUUGAGUCGAAAAAGAGCACUCACAUAAUCAGUUUGGUGAACCUAGCCAUAAACAUAGCCUGCAGAGCAUUUAUUCUGGCGGUGACGCACGGGUACCUGGACCUGGAUCUGGCCCCGGAAUUUCUCAUAAAGUACCUGCCCGUUCACAUUUCAAACUCGCUCUCGCUGAAGAACGUGAAGAACAGCUCACCCAAGGCCAAGGAUUCCAGCUCGAGUCCCAGAAACACGAGCUCGGAGGCCAACAAGCCCAUUCUGAGUCCCAACGGGCACCUUCCAAAGCACUGCUACUACAAGGGCGGCGUCGACGCCCUGGACGAGGAGUGCGGGAAGGACACGAUGUACCUGAAGAGUAACUUCCUGGGAAUCUACGCGGUCUCCUCGCUGGUCAAGAACCUGAAGAGCGAGAACUACCGGAAGAGGUACGAACUGAAUAAAAAGUUCACGCGCCACAAGGUGGAGGACUCCACGACCUCUGGCCUUGGACUCGACAAGUUGGAGAAGAAGAACUUUUACUUCACUCCGAACACGUACUACAACACGAAGAAGAACGGGAGCGGCUUCUACAAGCACAUUCCCAUACCGGAGUACGGGUGGAAGCUCCUCUCCAAGGCGCCCAACGACCUCAGGGCGGACUCGAAGGCCGACGGGCUCGCGAAGCUCUUCACGAAGCUCUUCAGGAAGAAGCCCAGGUUUGACACACUAUACCCGGGCACGCUUCUGUGCAAGGUCAGGCCCCCUCACCACUACGACAGCAACUGCAAGGUGAUGGUGGACUCGGGCUCCUUGGCCAUGAACAUCGCAGAGCAGCUGUACAGGCUGGAGAUCAGCACCAACAACAGGGAAAAGUUCCCGAAAAAUACCUUUGGCUUUUCUGCACACUCCGAUGGACGAGUCCUCUGCCCCGACGGUGGUGUUGUUGACUUUGUGCCUGAGGAGGUCAUUUUGAACACCGCCUCACUUUUACACGAGAUUUACAUCACACAAACUUAUUUAAUUUUGUGA